CCUUACUUCCAUUCGGUCACACUUUUCAGAUCUCAGUCACCAACUGCCUCCUGCUGGUACAGAGAAAGUCAUGUGCCGAUGUAGAAGAAGUCCCUUGCCUUAUUGCCUGUCCUUGUGUUUGUGGACUUCUUGAAUUUGGGCAAAUAAAAGUGCGAUAUCACUCUUCGGUCCGUUCUAACGUGCAAACGAAAAGGACUACUUAAGGAGCCUUGAUUACGUCGGUACUUGCUAGAAUGUCGAGAGAAAAUGACUCUUUGAUAUAGAGUCUAAAAAUAAAGGUAAGUAAAACUCAAAUCAACAAUCAGUGUCGGUUGUCAUUCGUCCAAAAAAAAACUAGAGUCAUUUGUCAACAUUUUCGUGCGACCAGAGCUUGAGCUCAAUUUUCGUCUUCGUCUCAUCGUUCUACUACGCACAUUGUCUGGUAAUAUGGUAAUAUCGUCCACUGAAGCUGAUGGCACAUGUGAAAUAGAAUCGUCCGAUACGUUUUGCAAUGUCUGCUCCAGGUUACAAGUCCCUGCUCAAGAUCGAUAUCACCAGUUGUACCCCCUACUUACUUAUUUUAAUCAAGAAGGUCGUUCUUCUUCUUCUAUUUUCUAUCACGUAUUGAAUAACUCCUUGUAACAAUCUGUCAAAGCACCAUGCCGCAAAAUGCAACAAGAACUCCUGUGCGAUUAGAACUACUCCAACUUCAUGGCUGUUCGACCACAUAAAAAGUGAAAGAACAAAACAAAACUAGUCCCAACCCGUCUAUACUUUCCGCCUCUAGUACUUCUUUAUCCUCUUUGCCAGCUUUGGACUUUUACUUUUUCACAAAAACAUCAGGACUUCUUCAUCAAUAGUCUUUUGUCGCAAACCACAAUAUUAUGGCGGACCAGGACGGGAACCCGUUGCAGGGGGACGACCUGACGACCAGCAAGAAGCGAGGCUCCACUAUGAAAAAGAAAAAUCCCCCCUCCCCAUAUCAAAAGGAAGUUUCAUCUCAUGCUGGAUUUGCGUACACAAAUCAGGUCUGUCUCGCAGUAGGGGACUGCAGGCCCAUACCAAGCCUAACCCUAAGUAGAAGGGUUUUGACGUAGGCUCGUAGCAUGGCAAAUAUGUUGUACUCUGUAGGCCCCGUAGCAUCACAAACCGCCCGCACAAUGUGGCGGAGUCUCCGGAGCCGGCGGAUUGGCCUUCUUGCAAUACAGAGACGACUUGUGGCCACAAAUCAGCAUCACAAAUUUUGAGAAGUGUGAGUGCCCCUUUUUGGUAUGGGGAGGGGGGAUUUUUCCUCACGAUAUCCACCCAAAGCGUGAAGACCAUCCCGAAGCAGGGGCACGAUUUUGACGGCGAGUCCCCGGUGCAUUUUUCUUCGAAGGUCUACCAGCUAUGCAUUGCAAAUAUGUCUGGGAGGGCUGGAAGGAAGGAUGCAACUUGUGAUGCUGGAUUUGGACUCUAGAUAAAUCUGUAUUGCAUAAACAGCAAAAGAGGUCCAGUUUUUGCCACGGCGAAUGGGCAUUUCUCACGCGGUAUAGGCAUCAGGAAGCCCCCACAGAAUCUGUGAUGCUAGGGCAUGCAUCACAGACAUCAGGGGUCAUGCAAAAUGUGCAUGACAGUCCAGACCCAGACAUAUGUGCACUUGAUACCAGCCGCCCACGCCCAACUUGACCCCCCGGUCGGACAUCGCGGCGGAGCCACCCCCGCACGAACUAUGAGAGUGCACAACUCCCCCUGCUUCCCCUCAUUUGUAUUGCAUGAAGAGCAAUACAAGCGUCAACAAGAGUACACGUUUUGCAUGACAGAUUUGGACAGGAGUGUAGUUCUAUUUGGACUGCCAGAACUUGCCAUGCAGAUAGAGCCAAGAGGCAAGACGUAAGCUAGGUACUUUGCAUGACAAAUCAGGGGGAGCGGAGUUGUGCACUCUCAUACGAACCAUGGAAACUGGAGAAACAGUUGCUGGUCAUCUACGGAGCCACUAGCCGGACGGGGCAGUGGAUGGUCCGAAACGCGCUGCAGUCCGGGAUUUUUAGGGUAAUAAGACACCUGGCGUUGCAAAAAUGAAUGUGAAGUAGAACAAUCUUCAUGUAGAAGGGCUGUGGGUGACACCCACAGCUAAGGGCAAUCUUCAAUAGUGCGCAGGAACUGUAAAACGAACGGUCCCGCUGUCAUCGCUCUCAGCCCAAACUACAUUAUCUCCGUUAAAGUCAACAUUAAUGAGUUUGUUUUUUUUUUUUCAUGAUUCUCGUUCUUGUCACGAUCUCCUUCUCCAUGAAACAAGAAGAUCAUGCAGCAAAGAAACAAGCCGUAAAAAUUCAUCACCUGAAUAGGUCCGCGCCUUUUGCCGCAGCAAGGACAAGCUACAACAGCAGCAGGAGGAGCUGGACAAGAAGCCGCCGGGCUACGAGCCGCCCAAGGUGAAGACCCGUGCGCAGUUGCCCGGGCUCGACGACAUCUUAUGAACUGCAAAAGUAUCGUACUCGUACAAAUGCAUUACAAAUUUCCUCAGCAUGAGAAAUAAAAUUUGUAAUGCAGAUUUACCUUGACAAAAAGAUUCGUAAUGCAUGAUUGCAAUUAUACGAGUACGAUACUUUUGUACAGGAUACAUCUUGUUCGGAGCGCAUUUAGAGGAGGAGCGCCCGCAGAAUUGCAGUAUGGGACUCUCAAAUCGGUUACCUUCUCAACUGUUACAUGAAUUUGUCAUGCAAAAGUACCUUAAGCCGGCAGAUGAUCAACCUGCUUCGCAUGACAAAUUUGGGAAGGGCUAAACAGGACGUAAAUCUGUGCCAAAUCUGUGAUGCGAAAGCAGCAUCUUGCCUCAGCCUCUUCGGUUGUUCUUGCUGUUCUUGCAUUACAAGUUCAUGUAAUAGUUGAGAACGUGACGCUUGAGAACGCCAUAUGCAGCCGGUCGGUGGUGGACAAAAUCACCCCGGACUGUCUGGCUAUGCAUUGCAACAAAUGUCGAUCUGGGUCUGGAUUUGUGAUGCGAAAUUUGAAGGACAGCAAGGAUUUGUGAUGCAUGAGUGCGAUAAUUAGCCACGCCAGUUUUUUGUCAUGCGAAGCCAGUCUCUCGCAUUGGUUGCAAAUGAAUCUGUAUCUGCAACAAGCCUGGUGAAACUAACUUCUCAUGCUGAUUAUAUGCCGUAGUACGGGUGGGUACAACAACUCUGUGAUGCGAGGGUCAGCAACACAAAUCUGACGACCCGGACACAACAUUUUUUGCAUUGGAUGCUGGCCAUGCCGGAACUCCUGGAAAUCAUCGAGGGCGACAUUACGGACGUGGAGAAGGUGCAGACGACCAUGCGCGACGCCAACUACUGUGCGAUCCUGGUGAAGCCCGACGUGAUAUCACCUGUAAAAAUGUCUGGGUCUGGAAGAGUGCAAGUUUGUCAUGCUUGUCUGGCAUGACUCGAGAAUCUGUGUUGCAUAGCCACGAAAAGGCCCUCUUACCUGUCAUGCAAAAACGCAGUUUGCCAUGCGGAAUACGUAAGACAUGGCAGCCAAAAAAUUUGUCAUGCAUAGCUGCGUAUUGCAGUGCGUUUAUCAUUCACUUUUAGCAUUACCGACCCAGACACUUUUGCAGUUCAUACGUGACCGGAAAAACCAAAACCUGCACGGAGGCGGAGUACCUGCAAUUCAUCGCCGCCGUGGCGGACUGCUAUGAACUGCAAAAGUUUCGUACUAGUAUAAACCAGCCAUGCUCCGGCUGCCGCCGGAGCGCAAGGCUGUUGGGCCGGGGCAAGACUGCUUGCCGAUCGGACCACAACCCCACGGGCCUAUGCAAAACGAAACAUACUGGAUUCCUGCCCCCGGUUUGCGCCGCGCCAACCCUCAGGACCACUUGCGCGCUUCCCGCGCCUGUAGGCGCUCUGCGCAGGGAGCAGCUGCAAAGAACAACGGGGGCGAACAGAAGCCGCCCGACGGGAGAGGGUAGCGCGAGAGGGUGGCGCGGGAGGGUGGCGCGAGAGGGUGGCGCGAGAGGGUGCGCGAGAGGGUGGCGCGAGAGGGUGGCGCGAGAGGGUGGCGCGAGAGGGUGGCGCGAGAGGGUGGCGCGAGAGGGUGCGCGAGAGGGUGCGCGAGAGGGUGCGCGAGAGGGUGGCGCGAGAGGGUGGCGCGGAAAGGCGCCGAGCCAAACAAGUCCGCGAAUGGCCUGCAAUGCCAAAUAUGGGUAGCACCAUGCGGAUUCGCGCCCGCUUCUUUGUGUUUUUACCCUCUCGCAGACCUCUCGCAGACCCUCUUUUUGACCUCUUUUGGGGGUCCCCGCUAAUAGUCCGGCUAUACUCGCGGGGAGAGGUCGACAGAGGUGGCCGAGAGGUGGCCAAGAGGGUCCGCGAGAGGUCGCCCCUUAUUCGCGCAACCUCUCUCCACCUCUGUCCCCCUCUCGCGCCCCCUCUUUUUGACCUCUCUGCACCCUCUGUGCCACUUAGGCGGCGCCUAAGGGUGGGCGCUUACUGCGGGCCUUAUUCGCGCACCCUCUCGCGCACCCUCUCGAACGGGGUCCCGCGCCACCUCUCCACCUCUGUCGACCUCUUUUCUACCUCUGUCGACCUCUUUUUUACCUCUCGGCCACCUCUCUGGGACCCUCUGUCUACCUCUUUUUUCGCAUGAAUAUAAUGUAUAGUAAUAGCAUGACAUCAAAUAAUUCCCUCGGCAUUAGAAAUGGAAUUUGUAAUGCUGUUUUACCUUAGGAAGAAGAUCAAGAUUUGUCAUGCGUACGAGUACGAUCUUUUUGCACUGCAUAAUUGCUGCCGCAAACCCAUGUGCAGCGGGUUGCGGAAAUUAUACGUGCAAUCCCACGCCGACCUCCCGGAACCCGCUGAGGAGGUCCCGGAGAAGGGGGACCCCAAAAUCAAGGCGGUCACGGGCCUGAAAAAGGAGGAGGCGGAGGCCUUGUUCAAAACCAUGGUCUUUCUCAAGCGGAUAUGCAAUACAAAUUUCCCGUACAUGUACAAGAUGCAUCACAUUUGGAGUGUAAUAAAACUUGUCAUGCUACACUAGGAAAGAAGACAAGUGUUGCCAUGCAGCGACCGCGUUUGCACGUGUACGGGAACAAAUUUACUGUGGAUAAAGGGAGUGCAAGGACCUGCCCUGGUUCUGCUCGCGCGCGUUUCCGCUCGUGGAGGGGCCGACGGCGUGGAAGCAGGUGAACAACGUGAUCGGGUUUCCGCCCGACAAGAAGCCGCAAAACAAGGGUAUGAAAUUCUCCGGCAUAGCGCAGUGGUCGCUGCUCAUCAUGCAGAACAGAACCCUGUGGAUAAGACAAUUUCCCUACAUGGGCUACGGGACCGACCAUCUGCAGUACUACCAGACGGGGGAAAAGGCGCUCGCGGAAAUGGAAGAAGCCCCGCCCGGGGCCACGGACGCCGAAAAGGCAAAAUUUGGGCUGGUGUGAGAAACAACAAAUUUAUUUCGAAGUAAAGGACAGUCGACGUCGUGGUCUUUUCCUUCACACCUCCCAUGAUGAAGAAGGCCCGGAUAUAGAGAUCAGCCUACUGCAAUCAAAUCGACGAAGUUCCCCCUUUUACUAACUUCUAUCUACCAGUACUAGUGCAGUGUGCUUGCUUUUUUACCUAUUGCUAUUGUAGUCGUAUCUAUCAGGAGCUGCGCCAGCAGGGUCGACCUCCUGUUAGACGGAGCCUUCUUCUACACCAGGGGUUCCUAUGCAAGGAAGAGCAAAAGGAGCGGGCUGCUACUGAUGUGGACGAGGCGGAAGGAGCAGGUCGUGUUUCUAGUGAAAAUCACAAUUUGCAGCUUCACCUGUCUAGAUUAUCGCAGCUCGCAGGGACGUCGACAGUGCUGCACAGUCGCAUGUUUUUCGCGAAUUUCAGUGUACACAGACACACGUCGUUGAAGCCCCCAUCAGGCUUAACAUUCUUCCCUGCUCUUAUUGUUAUUUGAAAUAAAAUCAUGUAACAUGGUUUCAUCGAGCGCCAGCGCCACCGCUAGUCCUAUAUUUAAGUAAAGUUUUCCGCGCGAGAAGAACGAGAAGCACCUCCAUGAUCCAGAAAGGGGAAACUACAAGCUCCGCGAUUCAACAUCUUGAUUCGACUACAAUCCGCUUUCAGAUAUAGCAUAAAAGCAUGUUUUAUUUUCCUCCUUCCCCUCUCCGUACAACUAGAACUGCUCAACAAAGCACCACGUUCCUGUGAGAACACCAAGAAGUAGAGUACGUGUAGUAGUAGAUCGACGCAGACGCUUUUUUUUGUAUCACACUCAUUUUUAGUUUUCAAGAAAGCUCUAUUUAGUUUAUGUUUAACCGCCCUAAGUGUGCGAUGUUACAGUAACAGUAUUAGACGAAGUACAUUUGCAAGGACAUUAAAAGGCUUAUGGUUGGUAGUUGAAAGAAACGGAAAUGCGACCACUGCUCUUUCCGUCAUUGCAAGAAGCAGGACUGCUCGUAGUUCGAUUUCUUUGAAUCAUCUGUCGGG